ACUGCAGUUGUGAAAACAAAUUUUCAGAUAUCUUUGAUUUAUCAUGUGGGGCGACUAUGACGGAACUGGAGGCGGUGGAUUCAUCCAGUCAGACAACGCCUCUGCUUCAAACAACCAAUCAGGGGCCAAGAAAGGAACCAGCACAUCUCUGAUUCCCUGUGCGGUGAGUCACGUGCUGAUGGCCGCCCCAGGGGGAGCCGACACCGCUCAGGCGGGGGGACUAGUAGUGAAUGAUGUGGAACUUCACACUGUAUGCGUCUGUGGAAUUGUGCGCAAGAUAGAGGUUGCGAAUACGAACAUAACUUACGUCAUCGACGACUACACGGCGCCUCCGAUUGAGAUCAAACAGUGGGUAGACCCGAACGAAGACGAUCUCGACAAUCUCGGAAUCCGAGAGAACGACUACGUGCGAGUAUUCGGAUCAGUCCGCUCGUUCAAAGGCGUGCGAAACAUUGUCUCGUUUAAAAUCGAACGCCUUCAGGAUAUGAACGAAAUGACGUUGCAUCUUAUUGAAACGAUGCAUGCUCAUUUGGCCAUUCAGAAACGACAUUUGGGAGGCGUGGCUACGGCGGGAGGUAGUUAUUCGUACACUGCCAAUUCGUCGUCAACUUACCACACGCCGAUGGAUACGGGCAGUGGAAUGGGCGCGAUACCCGAUCAAGGUCUGUCAGGUAUUCAAAAGCAAGUGUAUGAGAUAAUAACUGCGUAUAAAAACGAACUGGGAAUAUCAACCAGUGAGAUCAAAGCGGUCUUACCAUCAGCAUCCCAUAAUGAUGUGAAGAAGGCCAUUGAUUUUCUGUCCGAUGAAGGUCAUAUUUAUUCGACGAUUGACGAAGACCACUUUAAAUCUACAAGUGCCGAAUGCUGAACUGUUUUAAUAUGCUUUGUUUGGGUUUCGAUGGCCCGAAAAAAUGAGUUUUGCAUUUUGUAGUCUUAAAUUGAAACUUAUGUCGAUAUUUUGAUCGUUUUGUACUGCAGUGUGAAAUUUUGCAAUCAGUUUGAUUUGUAUUUGAUAAUUGAAGUUUCGCUGGAUGUUAAUUUAUUAUUUCAGUUGG